AUGUUUGCAAAUAACGAAAGGUCACUUAAACGGGUAAAAGAAACAUUUACACCACUUGGGAGCUGUGACAAAUGCUAUAUCAAAUUAUAUGAUUCUCCUCCAAAAUCAAAUACUGGAGAGGAAGAUGAUAUGUCAAAUUUGCUUCCUUAUCAGAAAAAGAAGAGGAGGCAAAGACAAAGAAAGGCUGAAGAACGAGCUAAGAAAGAGGCAGAUGUGAAAAAUGAAGAAACAAAUAAUUGCGGUGUCUCAAAGUCGGGGAAACGUCAUGUCAAACCUGUUGAUACAGAUCCACAUGGUGAAAAGUUGGUGCAGGUUGAAGAUCCAUUACUGGAGGCUACAAAGUACUUGAAGUUACUUCAGAAGCAUUCUCCCGAUUCCUUGGACACACACGUACAUUCUUUUGAAGUAAAUAUGAGAAAGCAGAAAAUUUUGCUUGCCUUUCAGGCUGUAAAACAGCUUCUAAGGUUGGAUGCGGAAUGUCACAAUCGCACUUUUCGAACCUUCGCUUAGUGAUUGUGUGGCACUUGUCCCCAC